AUGCCGAUGCUUCUACGCGUCUUCCUUUUGCUCCCCCCCUUGAAUCACCAGUGGGUCACCCUCAUUUUCCUUCUGUUGCCUGUUGACACUGAGCUGUAUGACUUACUGGGAGUUCCACCUACCGCAAGCGAAGGCGACAUAAAGAAAGCGUAUCGGAAAAAGAAUCCCGAUGACCCCAAUGCAGCCCAGAAGUUCCAGGAGAUGGCGGCAGCCUAUGAGAUUUUAAUCGACUCCCAGUCAAGAGCCGCAUACGAUGCCCAAGGGAUGUCUGGACUGGGUGGCUCUUCUGACGGAGGCAUGCCGGAUCCAGCAGACAUGUUCGCGCAGUUUUUCGGUGGUGGUGGUGGUGGUGCUUUCUUCGACUUUGGUCCAGGCGCAGGCAUGCGUCCCCGGAAGGGCCAGGACACUCAUAUACCCUACGACGUCACCCUGGAAGAUUUAUAUAACGGAAAGUCUAUAAAGCUGAACAUGGAAAAGGAGGUCGUGUGCAAUGGUUGUCAAGGUAUUGGAGCAAAAGGGAGUGCCAAGCCCAAAGAGUGUGCUCAAUGCCAGGGUAAAGGUUGGACAGCUAUACAUACCCAGCUUUCUCCCCAGCGCUAUGGAACUGCUCGGGCAAAAUGUACGGAUUGCAAUGGCGAGGGAUCGAAGUUCAGGGAAAAGGAUCGGUGUAAGAAGUGCAAAGGCGCGAAAACCGUGAAAGAGAAGAACCGGCAAGAAAUAUUCGUAGAAAAAGGGAUGGUCGAUGGCCAAAAGAUAGUACUUUCGGGUGCCGGGGACGAGGAGCCCGGUGUACCCCCUGGUGAUGUCGUUUUCCAGCUGAAGAUGACCCAUCACGAAUCAUUCGAACGCUCUGGUCCCGAUCUCAUGACUAAUGUGAAGAUAACGCUAUCAGAGGCACUUCUUGGCUUUUCUCGGAUACUUAUCACUCAUUUGGAUGGGCGGGGGAUACAUGUCGCGAAUCCUCCUAGAAAGAUCAUCAAACCUGGUCACACUAUAAUUAUCCGAGGGGAAGGCAUGCCGACGUACAAAAAUCCUGACCACAGAGGUAACCUCUAUAUAGUGUUUGAUGUCGAGAUGCCAGAUGCCACUUGGAUGAACGCCAUUGACGGCAAGCUUUUGGAGCAACUUCUUCCCCCAAAGAAGGCAGACUUAGAACCUACCCCAAGCGUCGUGGACGAGGUCACUUUUGAGGAGGCUGACAUUGAAGACUUUGGCGAAGGUGAUGAGCAUGACUGGGAAGACGACGACUAUGAUGACGACGACUUCCCUGGUGCUCAACCUGAGUGCAGACCUCAGUGAAUUACUCUUCUCCGUUAGUACAAGGAAGGUUUUUCUUUCGCAUCUAUCACUCGUUGCAUUGGAUAUAGCCUAGUCACAUUCAUUUUCGCUACUCAGUAAUCAUUCUAUCCUAGUUCAAUCUCAUAGACGCAUUAAUUCGAAGCACCGCCAACUUUGCCUUGGGUAUUGAAUGCUCGCGUCGUGUUAGACUCCAAGGCCCAUUGAAUCCCACCGAACACAUGCCCAAGAAACGUUUCAUCCCUCCAUAUUGCCUUUUCAUGUCCUAACGAGGUGUACCAGCUUCGACCUGCAAUUCCGCCUUUGUCAAUUUCGACACC